AAAAGCAAAAAGGAAGUUAUUCGAAUACAAACAACUGUUGUUUUCUAGCUUUAAAUCUGCCUGCUCCCAGCUUUUCCUAAUCCCCCAACAACACAUUGGUCCCACUCAUAAUCAAAAGCUUCUUUUCCUCUUUACUUUCUUUAAUCCAUUUCCAAUUCUAUUAAGUAACCACUAACCUUAAAUCUGCAUCUCCUCUUCCAUUGCUCCCUUCAGAAGGUUUUAUCCAUACAAUCUGUUCAAAGAUGCUUCCCCUCGGAGCGGCACCCCCACCACCACCAGCUAGAAUCUGUUCAAAGAUGCUUCCCCUCCGAGUGCCACCCCCACCACCCCCACCACCAGCAGCUAGAAUCUGUUCAAAGAUGCUUCCCCUCCGACCGCCAACGCCACCACCAUCACCACCAGCCUUGCCACGAGUACAGAAGCGAACCAUUCUCCAACAACCUCAACCUCGCCAGACCAAUCCACUAGUAUGGUGUGCUGCAAUCCUCUGCCUCAUAUUUAGCCUUAUUCUCAUCUUCUUUGGAAUAGCGACUCUGAUAAUCUUCCUAGCCAUAAAACCGAGAAACCCAAUGUUUGACACUCCUAACGUACGCCUCAACACCAUCUAUUUUGACUCACCUGAGUAUUUUAAUGGUGACUUCGUCUUCCUUGCAAACUUUACCAACCCAAAUAAGAAAAUCGAUGUGAGAUUCGAGUAUCUGGACAUAGAGUUGUACUUUAAUGACAGGCUGAUAGCAGCUCAAGCUAUUCAACCUUUCUCUCAAAGAAGAGGAGAAGUAAGGUUGGAGUCGGUACACCUGAUAUCAAGCUUGGUCUAUCUGCCACAGAAUCUUUCCAUGGAACUGAGGAAGCAGGUUCUGAGCAAUAGGAUCCAGUACAACAUAAGAGGAACCUUUAAGGUGAGAGCCAAUAUGGGUCUGUUCCAUUUCUCCUACUGGUUGCAUGGGAGAUGCCAGCUAGAAAUAACCGGUCCACCAACUGGUGCAUUAGUUUCACAUACUUGCACAACAAAGAGGUGAAGAUUGCAGAAGCAUGAUUCAGAACCAUCAAAGAUUAAUUAACCUGUCCUGUUUUGAAUUCAGAUAAGUUCUAAUGUAAAGAACAUCUUGGCAAAGCUCUAUAUCAAAGAUACGACACUAUCUGCUUACAAUCUCAAGUUUAAGUUUACCUUCUUUUCCCCUGCAGAAUCUCAAACUCCAUAUACAGAGUAGACAUGUUUGCUGUUGGCAUGUUCACUUAAGUGGUUCAACAACAAAGAGAGUAUGAAAACAUCAACCGGAUGCUUAUAAAGAUAACUAGGAUAA